GCCUCGUCCGGUGCCGGCUGCCGCCGCCCUCACCCCACCGCCGCGACCCGGCUCACGCCUCUCUCUCCUGGCAGCUGCUCAGGACUCGGCGGUCCCGUCAGACCGCUGAGGGCGCGACGCCGACGGCGGCUGCGACGGCCCCGGAGGCGCGAGAGGCGCCGGGGUCGCGGCGGCGAUUGGCCGGCCGCGGCGCCUGCUCCCAUAAUGCAGCGCAUGGCGCGUCAUUGAAGAGAGACCAUGAUGGCGGCUGCGCUGGGGCCCCCAGAAGUGAUCGCUCAGCUGGAGAACGCGGCCAAAGUUCUGAUGGCCCCACCUUCCAUGGUCAGUAAUGAACAACGCCAGCACGCAGAGCACAUACUCCUAUCCUUUAGGAAAUCCAAAUCACCAUUUGCAGUUUGCAGGCAUAUUUUGGAAACGAGUAAAGUGGACUAUGUCCUUUUUCAAGCUGCCACAGCCAUAAUGGAAGCAGUUGUCCGAGAAUGGGUUCUCUUGGAAAAAGGCAGUAUUGAGUCGCUGAGAACAUUCCUCCUAACCUAUGUCUUGCAAAGGCCUCACCUCCAAAAGUAUGUUCGGGAACAGAUUCUAUUAGCAGUAGCAGUAAUUGUAAAACGAGGAUCAUUAGAUAAGUCAAUUGACUGCAAAAGCAUUUUUCAUGAAGUCAGCCAAUUGAUAAGUAGUGGCAAUCCCACUGUGCAAACUCUCGCCUGUUCUAUUCUAACUGCACUGUUGAGUGAGUUCUCAAGUUCAAGUAAAACUAGCAACAUUGGACUGAGUAUGGAAUUCCAUGGUAACUGCAAACGAGUCUUUCAGGAAGAAGACCUUCGCCAGAUCUUCAUGUUAACGGUUGGAGUUCUGCAGGAGUUCAGCAGGCGGGAGAACCUCAGUGCUCAGAUGUCUUCAGUGUUUCAGCGGUAUCUUGCACUAGCCAACCAAGUCCUGAGCUGGAAUUUUCUCCCUCCAAACUUGGGCCGACAUUAUAUAGCUAUGUUCGAAUCCUCACAAAAUGUGCUGUUGAAGCCAACGGAGUCCUGGCGGGAGACUCUUCUGGACAGCAGAGUCAUGGAACUUUUCUUCACAGUACACCGAAAAAUCAGAGAAGAUUCAGAUAUGGCACAGGAUUCUCUGCAGUGCCUUGCCCAGUUAGCUUCUCUACACGGACCCAUCUUUCCCGAUGAAGGAUCCCAGGUUGAUUAUCUAGCACACUUCAUUGAGGGAUUGCUGAACACUAUCAAUGGAAUUGAAAUAGAAGAUUCUGAAGCUGUGGGAAUCUCCAGCAUUAUCAGCAAUCUGAUAACUGUGUUCCCUCGGAAUGUCUUAACUGCCAUCCCCAGCGAACUUUUCUCCUCCUUUGUUAACUGCCUCACACAUCUCACUUGUUCUUUUGGGCGAAGUGCUGCGUUAGAAGAAGUGCUUGAUAAGGAUGACAUGGUAUACAUGGAAGCAUAUGAUAAAUUGCUGGAGUCCUGGCUAACUUUGGUACAAGAUGACAAGCAUUUCCAUAAAGGGUUUUUUACUCAGCAUGCAGUUCAAGUUUUCAAUUCCUAUAUUCAGUGCCACCUUGCUGCUCCAGAUGGCACAAGGAAUUUGACUGCCAAUGGUGUGGCCUCUCGUGAGGAAGAAGAAAUAAGUGAGCUUCAAGAAGAUGAUCGAGACCAGUUUUCUGAUCAAUUAGCCAGUGUAGGCAUGCUAGGAAGAAUUGCUGCCGAACACUGUAUGCCUCUUCUGACAAGUUUAUUAGAAGAAAGGGUAACAAGACUCCAUGGUCAGUUACAACGACAUCAGCAACAGUUACUUGCUUCCCCUGGAUCGAACACCAUCGACCACAAAAUGCUUGAUGAUCUCUACGAAGAUAUUCACUGGCUUAUUUUAGUUACAGGCUACCUCUUAGCUGAUGAUACUCAGGGAGAGACUCCGCUAAUACCUCCAGAAAUAAUGGAAUAUUCCAUUAAGCAUUCAUCUGAAGUUGACAUUAAUACAACACUUCAAAUUUUGGGAUCUCCAGGAGAAAAGGCUUCUUCCAUCCCAGGGUACAGCAGAACAGAUUCUGUGAUUAGGCUGUUGUCUGCAGUGCUAAGAGUCUCAGAAGUUGAAUCUCGAGCAAUAAGAGCAGAUCUCACUCAUCUACUAAGCCCUCAAAUGGGCAAAGAUAUUGUUUGGUUUCUAAAACGCUGGGCCAAGACUUAUCUCCUGGUAGAUGAAAAACUGUAUGAUCAGAUAAGUUUGCCAUUGAGCACAGCCUUUGGAGCAGAUACAGAGGGUUCCCAGUGGAUUAUUGGCUACCUCUUACAGAAGGUCAUCAGCAAUCUAUCAGUCUGGAGUAGUGAGCAAGACCUUGCAAAUGACACUGUACAGCUCCUUGUCACAUUGGUCGAAAGAAGAGAAAGGGCAAACUUAGUAAUUCAGUGUGAAAACUGGUGGAACCUAGCAAAGCAGUUUGCAAGCCGAAGCCCACCUCUUAAUUUCUUGUCAAGCCCAGUACAGAGGACACUGAUGAAGGCUCUGGUCUUGGGAGGUUUUGCACAUAUGGACACAGAAACAAAGCAGCAGUAUUGGACAGAGGUUCUUCAGCCUCUGCAGCAGCGAUUCCUGAGAGUGAUCAACCAAGAGAACUUUCAGCAGGUGUGUCAGCAGGAGGAAGUCAAGCAGGAGAUCACGGCCACACUGGAGGCCCUGUGUGGCAUAGCUGAGGCCACCCAGAUCGACAAUGUAGCCAUUCUUUUUAAUUUUUUAAUGGACUUCCUUAACAAUUGCAUUGGGUUAAUGGAAGUUUACAAAAAUACUCCAGAAACUGUCAAUCUCAUUAUAGAAGUUUUUGUUGAAGUUGCACAUAAACAGAUAUGCUAUCUUGGAGAGUCCAAAGCUAUGCAUUUAUAUGAAGCCUGCCUUACUUUGUUGCAAGUAUAUUCUAAGAACAAUCUAGGGCGGCAAAGGAUAGAUGUUACAGCGGAAGAAGAGCAGUACCAGGACCUGCUUCUCAUUAUGGAGCUUCUCACUAACCUGCUCUCCAAGGAGUUCAUAGAUUUCAGUGACACAGAUGAAGUGUUCAGAGGACACGAGCCAGGACAAGCAGCAGGCAGAUCUGUGUCAGCAGCUGAUGUUGUUUUAUAUGGAGUGAACCUGAUUCUGCCCUUAAUGUCACAAGAUCUUUUGAAGUUUCCAACCCUUUGUAAUCAAUACUACAAAUUGAUCACAUUUAUUUGUGAGAUUUUUCCUGAAAAAAUACCCCAGCUUCCUGAGGAUCUGUUUAAGAGUCUGAUGUAUUCUCUAGAACUAGGAAUGACCUCAAUGAGUUCAGAAGUAUGCCAGCUCUGCCUUGAGGCCUUAACACCAUUGGCUGAACAAUGUGCUAAAGCACAAGAAACGGAUUCACCACUUUUUCUAGCAACUCGGCACUUCCUUAAGCUGGUUUUUGAUAUGCUGGUAUUGCAGAAGCACAACACAGAGAUGACGACUGCAGCAGGAGAGGCGUUCUACACAUUGGUGUGUUUGCACCAGGCUGAGUAUUCUGAACUAGUUGAGACAUUACUGUCAAGUCAGCAGGACCCAAUCAUUUACCAGAGAUUAGCAGAUGCCUUCAACAAGCUCACUGCAAGCAGCACUCCUCCUACCCUGGACCGGAAGCAGAAGAUGGCCUUCCUAAAGAGUUUAGAAGAAUUUAUGGCAAAUGUUGGUGGUCUCCUUUGUGUGAAAUAAACUGCAGAGCUAUACUCUUAACUUAGAUCCUUUCUGCAAAGUGCACUGAAUUGCUGAAAGUUGACUUGAGUCUUGGCCUAUUCCUCAGUUCAUUUGACCAUUUGGAUUUCGGAGAGCCUGAGACUUCGAUGUGGAAUUUGGUGAAACAGGAGAGGUCAACUUAAAAUCAGCUUCUGUUAUUAGGUGUUAGCCAUGAUCUGCCAUAUACUUGUCUUCUAGAUUCUGAAUGGUGAUUUAAAAUUUCAAAAUGCAAUUCCAUAUAUGUGCAAACAGAUAUGGGCACCAUGAAAUUCCUAUUCAGUGCCUUUUGCCCUUUUAUCAAAGCAUAGGUGACUAGCCAAAGGUGGUAUGUUUUCAGAAUUAUUUUUCAAAAUGUCCAUAGAUUCCCCUCAUCUCUUGGGGAACUGGUUGUAGGAGUGGAUUCUUGGGCCCUGCUGUGCAUCUUCAGAAUACCUGGUUGUUAGCUCUGGGGUCUCCAUUUUAAUAAGUUCUUCCCCUUUGUUAUCCUUAACAUUUUGAAUCAGUGCAAGAGAUGGUGAAAACCCGUAAGAGAUUUUGUGCUUUCCUACUUUUCCUCCCUUCAGUGAUUAUAAUUAUGCAGGAAGAAAAAUCAUCAGCGAGUGUCUGUUAGUUUCGUUGUUCAUCUUCCCCCUUCCCCACCUUCCUUCCCUUUCGUCCUCAGCGUUGCAGGUCUCGUGUAAUUAUUGCAGGUUUCUAAUCAGACGGUGAUGCCUGAACUUGAGGGAAAUGCGUGUAUAUUUCUGUCUCGUAAAGUUAACUUUAGGAACUGUAGCCAUUUCAUUGCCUUAAUUUUAAGAGGAAAAGACAAACCAGAUUUGUUUUAGAGAGAAAUUAGUCUUGACACGUAAGAGUUGGCUUAGGGUAUUAGCUGCUAUGACCCUCCUGCCCCUUUGAUUAUGUGUUUAUGUGUGUUUCCUAGUGAAAUGAAACGAGAAACCCUGUGUGGUUACCUCUCUGUGUUUCUGUCCAACCACACAGCCUGUAUCUACUCUGGAUGGCUUGCUUAAGCAAUAAUUUUUUAAUGGAUGUGAAUUACCACUUCACACAGACUAUUGCACAUUGGGGCAUUAGGGGCAAUAAUUAUGCUAAAGUGGUUGUUAUCCUCAAGUCACAGGAGCCACGUUAGUUCAGUUUCAGAGACUAAAAAUUUAUCUUUAGCCAGGCAUAGUCAUGUAUGCCAGGCUAGUCUGGGUUACAAAGUAUGAUCUGUCCUUUUUUUAAAAAAAAAAAAGAGAGAGAGAGAGAGAAAGAAAGAAGAAAAAUUCACUUUAGAUCCUCUGGCUUUUCUAAUCAGGAUUUUUAUACUGCUACCGUGCUCCACUUAAUUUUGUGUGCCAGUUUUAAUUAUGAAAAUAAAAGCUCAUUUAUAAACAGCAGUCCUUGGAAACUGCAGGACCAGUCAUAGAGUAUAGUGGCAACAAGAUGAUUCUGCCCAGGUGUAUCUGAGACUGCCGUGGAGGGGCAGGCUCCUCUGCUGUUGACGUCUCUCUGCUAAACCUGAACCGCACACAUCUUAGCAUCUGACGCUCUGGAGACGUUGUAUGGCUCUCUAUAAACAGAGCAUCCCUGUGAUGGUAGGUGUGAGUGGAUGCAGAGCUGAGGGCCAUAACUUUGAGAAUCCUUUUUUCUAUAUUGAUCACCAUUUAGUAACAGUAAGCAUGGAGGAAGAAAAAUCUCUAAAUACUACAAAGAAGGAAAACAGCAUUCUCCACAUCUCUGUAUUUCAGGUUCUUGGAAAGGAGCGCUUUUAGAUUCUUUUUCUCUUGACUUGAAGUGCUCUACAUCAGCAAUCACUGUUUUGUGUUGUUCUUGAUGUCUGUGUUUCCUCAGCGGGUGUGGUUUGUGUGUGCCGUGCGAGUUAUAACUAUGGGCCUAAGUUCACGUGGAGAUGGGUAGGGAAGGAUGCAGUAAGAAGGCAUCUGAGUAUAGCUUCUAUACAGACAGAACUAUAUGAAAUUGCCCGGAUACUAGUAUGAUACUCCAGUUCUGUUACACCACUUUUAAUUGAAGGAAGAUUUAUUUUAGAUUGGACCAAAUAAUUCUUAAAUGAUCACCAGAACAUUGAUUAAUGGCCAACUGACAGUGAAUGACGCCACCAUAUUUCAGAUAAUGGGAAUGCCACUUGUACCACCAAGAUUUUUCAGGGUGUGUGUUUGCAUUUGUUUGCUUUAUUGAGUAUUUGUUUAGUUUGGUCUUUUCCUUUGCCUGGCUUUGUUGUUUACAAGUGCUUUGUGAACCUCUGGGUUUUGUUGCUGUUCCACUUCCUAAUGCUCUUCACCCAGUGGGUAUUGAGGCCGUGGAUUUCAUGGUCACGGACUAGUUUUCCAAUUUAAACUGUUAAAUCAUUUGUGCACUUUUUAAAAUACAUGUUAAGAGGACGCUCACUGUCAGAUAUUUGACUUUUCCUCUUUUGUGUUAAAUUUCAUUUGUUCAUAGCGUGUCCUCUAACCUGUAUUUCCCCAUACUAUUGUUCACCUUGGCUCAUCUUAUACUUUUUGACCAUUUUUUCCCCCAGGGCGCAAUCACUAAGUCAUCAGAGUCACCAGGCAGGGAGGUUGUAUGCUAACAGUGGUGCUGAUGUGACCCCCUCAGCUGUGCUCUUGUGGCCUCUGCAGAGGGUAGUUUGACUGAUGUCUUUGUGCUGGGUUGUUGUAUUUGACAGUGUCCUUUCUAACACAGUAGUUGAAUAUUAUUCUGGGGGAAGACUGUUAUGUCAAUGUGACUGUAUUGUUUUUGUCUGAUACAAAUGACAAUUUAUGUACAUUCUGUCGAGAUUUUCCCCAAACUUAAAAACUUUAAAUUAAUCCCAGCACUUGGGAGGCAGAGGCAGACGGAUCUCUGUGAGUUCAAGACCAGCCUUGUCUACAAGAGCUAGUUCCAGGACAGGCUCCAAAACCACAGAGAAACCCUGUCUCGAAAAACCAAAAAAAAAAAAAGAACUUUAAAUUAAUUGUAUGGAAAAAAUAUCUAAUGAUAAUCAGAUACUCUGUCCCAGUUUUCACUUUAAAACCAAACAAAUCUAUAAUCUUCCCCACUCAGCAUCACUCAGCGCUCUUCCUGCGGUCAGGACUGUGUCGCCGCCUGUCUCCUCUCUGUCAAGACUUGUAUGAAGCCCUCAAGUCCUGACAGGACGCUAGCUGUCAGUUUCAAGUAUUUCAGGUCAGAGUCUCCUAGGGGACAGGUAGUGUUGAUUGUACCCUGAAAAUGUUUUUCUUUGUUACGUAUUUACGUAUAUUUUGUUUGCCGUCUCUGUUAGUAGAGGUGAUUGUCUUGGGCCCUGUCUUGUGAGUGAUCACUACAGGGUCUCAGUACCACACUCAGCAUUUGAGUCUGAAGGAACCGCAGUGUUGUGCAGAGGUGUCUCUUGUUUUUUUUUUUUCUAAGAAUAAGGAACUCAUUUUGAUAUGAGGUUUUUAACAUUAUAAAUUUUCUAUAAAAUUUCCCACAGAAUAACAGAUAAUUUGAGGCUGUAAUAGUAUUUUUAAGUUACUUAAAAAUUUAAGUGGGUUUUUUCUGGAAACAUUGCAUUUCUUUAAAACUUUCUGGAAUUAGAAAAAUGUCCAAAUUAGACAUCUUGUUAAAUACAAGUUGAUUUAAAGGGCCAUGGCUCAAGUUUAACUUCACUUUCCCUUAGGCAUAAGAAUUGUGAAGUGUUCCUGGUUGGUUAUAAGGGGAAACCAUGACUUAUAUAGCCAAAGAGUACAUUUGGUUCAGGUCAAAGUAGAAGAUUAAUAAUGGACUUUGAUUUUGCUAGUUUUGAAGAUGGAUGGAGAAGUGUUUCUGUUCUGUAGAUGUGUGGAGGUCUCUGUAAAGACUGUACAGGUGAUGCCUCCUGGCCAGUGGGAGAUGUGUGACUGGAGUAGGCAGCUCUCUGUACCCCUGUGGCCUGCUCUUCACCUGUGGGAAGGUUUGGCUUUCUUGUUGUGUCUGCAUUUUUAGGCCUCUUAGCUCUUUGGAGCUGUCAGGUGUGCUCUGAAGGCUAAUUUCCCAGCCUGAGGUUAUUUACCGUGUCUGCACUAUGUACCUACUGGGGGUGGGGGUGGGGAAUCUGACCUCAAGUGUGCUCUAAACCCAGGUUUCCUGGUGUGGUGUCUACCACGAAAUCAUGACAAAUGGCAAACCCUGGUAUUGUGAUCUUAUUCUCUGUACAAAAAGAAGCUCUAUGCAGUGAGCUGUGGUUUAGUGACCACAGAAUGUCAACACUGCUAUCAUUCAGCACGUGUAACAUUUUUAAAUUUAUAAAUAUUAAAGUUUUAAACUUACACUAAGACUUUUAGUUUAUUUUUUUUAAGAAACCCAGGGAUGAGUAUACUGUCUACAUAUUUACCUCUAUUAAUAUAACUAAUGAAGGCAUUUAAUUUUUGAAAAGAUACUGCAGUAUGAUUUUAGGAAAUAAACCAAGGCUAUGUGUUAAGCCAAUUAUAACCUGAAUAUCAAAUUGAUAAAACUUGAUUUGUAUUUUUUAAAUCCUUCAAUGGGCUUUAAAAUAUGUGUUUUCACUAAAUAUUUUUAUUAUA